UUUUUUAGUACUACUUCUUACACAAUGAUCAAAUCCCAAAAUGGAAACCCAAAAACACAAUCCACAAAAAGCCGCCAUCAAUUCACGUGUUGUUCUUUGCACCAUAAACACAGUAGUGUAGGAUUAACUGUAAAUUCAAGCUGAGCUCCACUCAACUUCCUUCACUAAUCCCCUAAAUUUUGGAUUGAUGCAGCAAUCUUUGCUUGUUUCAGUUCGGGAGGAAAUAAUGGAUGAGGCACCACCAAAGUCAUUACGGCAAAUAAUGUCAGCCUAUUGGACAAUGGCGUGUGAAAUGUAUUACAGCAAACCAAUUUCACACUGGAUUCUUUUGUUUCUAGGUAGCAUGGGGAUGCUUGUUGCGUUCCCUGCUUCUAGCCUCUUGUCCCGUAUAUAUUUUGCAAAUGGUGGGAAGAGUAAGUGGAUAAUUUCAUGGGUUUCAGUUGCAGGAUGGCCUCUCAUCGCAAUAGUCCUAAUUCCUUCGUACUUCUUUCUUAAAGUAUUCCCGACGCCACUUGACUUAAAACUAACUUUAUCUUAUGUUGUAUUGGGAUUCUUGAGUGCUGCUGAUAACCUCAUGUAUGCAUAUGCUUAUGCUUACCUCCCAGCAUCAACUGCUGCUCUUUUGGCCUCGACUUCACUGGUUUUUUCUGCACUGUUUGGAUAUCUCCUCGUGAAAAACACUAUGAAUCUAUCAAUUAUAAAUUCUAUUGUGAUCAUUACUGCUGCCAUGACGAUCAUUGCUCUUGAUUCUAGUUCAGACAGGUAUGGAUAUAUCACCGACCAUCAAUACAUCAUAGGUUUUGUGUGGGAUAUACUAGGAUCUGCACUCCAUGGUCUAAUUUUUGCCUUGUCAGAGUUGGUUUUCGUGAAAUUACUUGGUAAAAGAUCGUUUCUUGUUGUUCUGGAGCAGCAACUCAUGGUUUCCCUCUUCGCCUUUAUAUUUACAACAAUUGGACUUGUUAUAAGUAACGGUUUCCAUGGAAUGAAAUCUGAGGCAACUACAUUCGAUGGUGGGGCCAACGCAUAUUACUCGGUUAUUGUUUGGGGAAUAAUAACUUUUCAGUUGGGUGUCUUGGGAGCCACUGCAGUUGUUUUCCUCUCCUCUACUGUUUUGGCCGGUGUCCUUAACGCGGUAAGAGUACCAGUUACGAGCAUUGCAGCUGUUAUAUUGUUGCAUGAUCCUAUGAGUGGUUUCAAGAUUCUGUCUUUGAUUAUUACAUUCUGGGGAUUUGGCUCUUAUAUUUACGGCAGCUAUAGCCCUGCGAAAAAGGAUGCCCCGCAAACUAUUUCUUAGUUUUCGUGUUUUUUUCACGUUAUUUCAUCCUUCUCACCAUUGAUAAGGUUGGAUAUCACAAAGUGUAUGUAUAUGUUUUACUGGCUAAAUUAUACAUAUUUGCUGCUUAGUUGAAUAGAACAACUAUUACUGCAAUUGCAGGGAAAAGUAAUGAAGUUGAAACUAUAUAGUAAUGUAUUUACUUUCU